ACUUAAAAUCUGGUUAAUAGUCAUUUAUUAUCACUGCAAUAAAAAUGUCUCUUUAUAAUCGCGCAGAUAGAUUGCGUCAAGUUAUGAAAGUUCAUUCUGAAAAAAGUUCUUUUAGUUCGGAUAGUUUGAAAAAAUUGAUAGUAGAUGCCGGCAAUAAAGAAAUUUUGGAUAUACAAUUAGAAGCUUUAAAAGAAAUUAAUAAAAUAAUUUCUGGAUUUGAUGACUAUGCAGUAGAUCAGCUUAUUGUUAAUGGUAUAUUACCAGUAAUAUUGUCUUGUGCAAAACAGGUUGAGUAUUUGGAAGUUCAGAGAGAAUCUGCUUUGAUAUUAAAUAACAUUUUGGCUGGACGUGCAGAUCAUUUGAAGUUAGCUGUUGAAGCAGGUGCAUUGCCGAUUCUCCUAAACAUGCUGAAUUCUAGCUCUCCAGAAAUAUGUGAGAAAGCAGCUAUAGCUUUUACAAAUACAGGUGUUUGUGGAUCAUCAGUUUAUUUACAAGAUGCAGUUGAGUCGGGUCUUGUGCAAGCAUUGAUUGCACUGUACGAACGUUUUAAUAAUUAUCUCACUAUAAAACGAAAUGUAAGCUGUAAUUUGCGUUACAUAUGUCAAAAAAUAUCGUAUAAAUCAACUAUAAAUGAUAUAUUGCCAGUAAUAAAAACAUUGUUGACGGACCCUGAUAUGGAAACAAAACUGGAUGCAUUGUAUGCCGUGACACACCUUACAAUGUAUGAUUCUAAUGUUAUACAACUUUUAAUUGAUAGAGGUAUUAUCGCGCAAGUCAUACCAUGUUUGACUAGUCUUGAUGUAAAACUUUUAGCUGUCGCAUUACGUGCUAUUGGUAAUACGUUAGUGGGUACAGAGGCACAAGCACAGUAUGUACUUCAUAACAACGUUUUAAAAUAUAUGCCAUCCUUAUUAACACAUACGCAUAAUAUAAUACGAAAGGCUAGUCUUUGGUGUAUGACAGGAUUACUAGGAAAUAAUGAAUGCCAGAUCCAAGCAGUAAUAAACGCGGGUUUAUUGCCAAAAAUUAUAAAAAAUUUACAAGAUACUGAUUUCGAUAUAAAGAAAGAGGCUACUUGGGCAUUGUUUAAUUUGACUGCAAUUGGUUCGCGUGAUCAAGUUUGGACAGUAAUUAAGGAUGGUAGUAUAAGUCCGUUAUGCGCUUUAUUAAAGUGUUACGAUGAAGAUUUACUUGAUCUCUCAUUGCAAGUCAUUGCCUAUAUAAUAGAAAACGCAGGAGCGCUCAUUACACACGUUGUAUCGCUUAUAAAGAUGUGUAAAAUUACCGAAAGAUUACAGCAAUUGAUAAAACACAAGUGCGAACAGAUUCAAAGUUUAGCCAGAGAAAUAUUGAAAAAAAUCGACUAAAGUUCUCAAAAUUAAACUAUAUCUAUAUGUGUAUGCAUAUAUAGAUUAUCCUAAGUAAUAUUUUAACUCACAUAUUUUUAAA